AUGGCGUCGACGAACUCCACGGGGGAGCAUGCUCCCGCCCAUGAAAAUGGAAAACGGCGCGGCAUCCUCAAGCAGUCCAAGUCUAUGAUCGGGGAGCAAACACCUUUGCUCGGAUCUGCCACAAGAGAGCAUGAAGAUGCGUCGGCACAGGGGCCGACCGAAGACGAUGCUCAGGCGCACAAGAGUCUCUGGUGGAUCCUGUUGUUGACAGUCAGCAUCGGUGGGCUUCAGAUCGCCUGGUCUGUCGAGCUUUCCAAUGGUUCCCCAUAUCUGCUGUCCCUCGGAAUGAGCAAGUCUCUCAUGGCCCUCGUGUGGAUUGCAGGACCGCUGAGCGGUACUCUCGUCCAACCAUACGUCGGUAUGCUGAGCGACAAUUGCCGGGUGUCUUGGGGAAGACGCAAGCCCUUCAUGGUCGGUGGUGCCAUUGCUACCUCUAUUUCACUCAUGUGUCUGGCCUGGACCAAGGAAAUGGUUGGGGGGCUACUCGAACUCUUGGGCGCUGAUCCUGAGAGCCGUGCCGUCAAGGUAACCAUACUUGUCGUGGCCGUUCUGUGGGUUUACAUCUUGGACUUUGCUAUCAACACAGUGCAAGCUGCGAUCCGAGCCUUCAUCGUCGACUGUGCCCCGGUCCAUCAGCAAGAACAAGCAAAUGCGAUGGCCAGCAGAAUUGUUGGUGUCGGAAACAUUGUUGGCUACUUGGCUGGCUACGUCGAUCUUCCCAGAUAUGCUUGGUGGCUAGGUGAUACCCAGUUCAAGGUUCUUUGCGCCAUUGCUAGUAUUGCUCUGUGCGGAUUGGUUCUACUCAGUGUGCUUACCGUACAUGAAAGAGAUCCCAACCUGGACGGGCCGCCUCCAAAGGGCCAGCCAGGCGCUUUCGCCUUCUUCCGCACCAUCCUCACUUCUAUCAAACGUCUUCCACCGCAGGUUUCCAAGGUUUGCACUGUUCAGUUCUGCGCAUGGAUUGGUUUCUUCCCCAUGCUGUUUUACACCUCAUCAUUCAUCAGCGAGAUUUACAUUGAGCCUCAUCUAGAGAAGAACCCACAUCUCUCACCGGAGGAACUAGACCAGCUGUACGAAGAGGGAACCCGGGUAGGGACAUUCGCGUUGCUCAUAUUUGCCGUGACGAGUCUGGCAACCAACGUUUUUCUCCCAUUCUUUGUCGCCCCGACAUAUGAUGGCCCGGUUACCCACACGGCGCCUGGCGAGGCACCUGGCAGUCUUCCGUCAGACGAUGACAAGAAGAGCUGGUUGGAAUAUCUGAUUAUUCCGGGCUUCACACUACGACGCGCAUGGAUGCUGUCAAAUGUCAUAUUUGCCAUUGCCAUGUUUUGCGCUGUCUUCGUGCGGACCGUAGAAGCUGCUACCGCCCUCAUUGGUCUUGUCGGCAUCACCUGGGCUUUAACCCUUUGGGCUCCUUGGGCAAUCAUCAGCGCAGAAAUCAGUCGCCGAGAUGCGAUGAUCCGUACCAGACGGGGAUCUCAACUUCCACGACCACAACUAGCCGAUAGCGACGACACCACUGAACACCUCCUUGGCCAAGAACAUAGCCUACACGACGAAGAGGAAACGGAUGCUGCCGGUGUUAUUCUUGGCAUUCACAACAUGGCAAUCGCGUCGCCCCAGAUUCUUGCAACUGUUGGCUCAAGCAUCAUCUUCCGUAUUUUCCAAAAGCCCAGGGGUACACCUGGCGAUCAUAGUAUUGGUAUCGUGUUCGCGUUGGGCGGCGUGUUUGUGUUGCUUUCUUGUAUCUUCAUUGCUAGGAUCAAGGACGAGGUACCCGCCACCGAGACAGUAGCAGCUGAGGAGGGCCAGGCCGCUAGACUUCGUCCUGGUAUGUUGAGAAGGAAAAGCACAGCACAAGGUGCGUUGAAGCGUGCUGGACUCGUUAGAAGCAAGAGUUACGGUGCCGGUUUGGAGUAUUAA